AUUUACAUCAGAGACACAGAGACUUCACAUUCGACAUGAGCUCACCCUCCUACAUCCUCCCAGACAGCCCGCCUUCGCAGCAGGUGCUGAACUACUGGCAGCGCAGAGCCGCCGAGAGCUGCGGCAGCUCUUCAGCUGCGGGCGUCUCAGCUCCUGCCUCCACUGGACCACACCGUUCAACAUCACCAGGGGGUGAGACGGUGAUUGGAGACAGCCCUGUGCAACGCCUGCGUCCGCCAGCUACCUGGGCUCCGCGGCGAGCUGUCCUGACAACGCUGUCCAACAAUAUCAGGGAGAGACAGGCCAAAAGGAAGCUCGAGUUUGAGGAGGGCGAAGCGAGCACCGAAGAGGAUAGUCUGCUCCCUCAAUCAAAGAAACGUAUGCUGGAACAGGAGGACUCCUCCCUCGUCCCUCUGAUAAAGGAGGCAGAAAUGGGCUUUGUUGAUUUGAUCAACAAACCGGUGAGCAAGCCGUGGGUCCCAUUGAGAGAGUUGGAGGAGGACCAUCCCUACCGAAUCGUCAGUGUGAGGGAACACACCAAUCAGCACGGACGCAGGAUAAUAUUGAAAAUCAUCAAUGCAGGAAGCAAAUGUGAGGUAUAUCUGCCUCAAAGAUUUGCUUCCUGCAUUGAUGCAGCGAAAAUUCGCGAAUUUAAUCUUACUUGCAAAAAUUAUGUUUUGGUAGUUACGCAUAAGUGUCCAAAUUGGACAGAUAUAAAAAUUGUUAAAGCAUAACAAUUUUUAUAUCUGUAUACAAUUUGGACACUUGUGUGUAACAAAUUGUAUAUAUGUAUGUAUGCGAGUAGUUUAAUAAAAUAAGUGUACAUUUGAUAAAAAAUUGUUUUCAAUUCUUACCUGUUGUUGUUGACGAUCUUGAUAAGUUUGUAAUGAAUAUCACACAGAAGAAAUGGUUCAGCUGCUCUGUUGUGAAUGAUAAUUUAAAUAAGGUGGACAGGUCUUUUAUAGUUUGUUGUGAGCAUGCUCAGUAGAGUUAGCGCUAGAGGCAGACAGCUGUGCAGGCAAGCGCUGCCAGCUUCUCGCGCCCCUCCUUCUUGUGCUCCCACAGAUGUGGGUGGCCCGUCAUCAUUUCUUCCCUUUUCAAAUCACAUUCACCUUUUCAGAUUUGAAAUAAUAUUCUUAUCAUUCAAGCAAUGUAUCACUUCAAUCUGAGAGUAUAGCAUUAGAUGUAGAAAUAUGAAUUCACUUC